CAGGAGUGGUUUACUUGACCACAAAAUGGCGGAGUCCAAGGAGGACGUAAACAUUCAUCCUUCGCUCCAGCGCCCAGUCGUAGGGUCAAGACACGAAUCCCCCAUACCCUCAGAUAGACUCUCGGCUAUGGAGGACGAAGAGGAGAGAAGGAAAAGAGCAGCUUCGCCGCGUCUCUCGAGGAAAACUCUGGAAGAGCUCGAGAGUGCAGAUCAGAAAAGACAAGAGAAGGGCUGGGAGGCUGAUGACCCACCUCUAACGACACCAUGGACGUUCUGGUUUCAAAGGACAACCAAUCAAUCACAGUUCUCAUACGGAGGAGCUGCAGCUGAUCCAAAGAACUUCUCUGAAGGUCUACGUGUAAUUUACACAGUCCGAUCAAUCAAAGAAUUUUUUAGUGUUUACAACAACAUCAAACCUGCCAACCAGCUGUUCAUGAGAGAAUGCUAUCAUGUAAUGAGACACGAGAACAGGAGACAGAUGUGGGAAGAUGUUAGUAAUAUCAAUGGUGGCACUUGGACUUUCAAAUGCAAGAAGGAAGACACAAAUAAUGUUUGGCAAGAAUUAUUGCUGGCAGCAAUUGGGGAACAGUUUGCUGAUUGCACAGCUGAUGAUGAUGAUGUGGUGGGUGUGAGCGUUAAAGGACGAGAUCAAGAGACUCAGUUCCAAGUGUGGAACGAGAAUGCAGCCUCUGUCAGAUCAUCAACAGUGAUGGAUAGAGUUAGAAAGCUCCUACCAGGAGUAGAGAUAAGAGAUUUUUAUACCUCUGUUAAGAGAGGUUAGUAGAUGUCUCACACCAGCCCCACUCCUAUCAGCA